GCUUAAUCAAACCACACUUCCAUCAUUUAAGAAGCAUAAGUGUUAUCAAGACCCGUUACUGGUCAGUUGCAGUCGUCGUUCACUGAAGACCUUCCCUUCAUGGCAACAACUAAAUAUUUUAGUGGUUGUGGAACUUUUGUUAGUCGUAGCACUAGUAGUAGUACUAGUAGUAUAAGUAAAAGUAGUAAUAAUUUUAUACCCUUUUCAAUAGAUUGAUGGAAACUUCAGGAGAAAACAACACAAAAGUAAAAGAAUAAUUAGAGUUGAAAUUUUCUGGAGAAGAUUGUCAUGGAGUUUCUUGUAGAUUAAAUUUAUUUUGCUCUUUGCCCACUUUCUUCUGAAUUCACUUUUCUAGUUUCAUCUUGCAUUCUCGUAAUUUCUUACAAUUUUUACUCUUAAACAAUUACCAAGACGGAAUGUGAGAAACUGUACAAAAAAAAAAAAAAGAAAAGAAAAGAAAAAUUACUUCACAAACGAGAGAAGUAGCAGAGAAGAACUGACUUUAAUAGAAAAAGAUUUGUCAAAAGAAAAAAAAAGGGGGAUAUUAUUGAUCCUUCGGGGUAAUAUAAUUCGUGUAAUAUUCAGAAGAAAUAUUCCAAGCUAAAACCAGGAAGCUAACCGGUUUUGAGAAUUUAACGCCCUCUAAAAAUAAAAUUCGAAAAGAAAGAAGGAAUGAACGAAAGAUUCUCAAGAAGUUUACUUUAUUUUAAGACAAAUUAUAGCAAAAGGAAAAUGAAAUUAAUCAAAAGAAGGUAAAAAAAAAAAACCCAAAAAAUAUUACCCUUUCAUAACAAACGAAAAACAAGUAUUCGCAGACGACACGUAGAUAACCAGGAAUAUAAGAGGCCAGAAGCCAAAACACUAGAUAUAAGGCGAAGAAAAACAAAUUAGAAGAAAAAUACCAAGGAUAAAGUAAUAAUAAUAAUAAUAAUAAUAAUAAUAAUAAUAAUAAAUAUUCACAAAAACUUUCCUGGACAAGAAAACCAAACAUGAAGCCGUUGAACAUUGUGUAUUCGGUAAUAUUCCUCCUUUCGAUUCUCUCUUCAACUUGUUAUGGUCACAGGAAAUACAAGAUUGGCUUGCUGAUCCCUCGCCAUGGCUAUCUCUCUACUUUCGGAUGGACGACCAGCGUAGGUGCCAUCACAAUGGCCAUUGAAACUAUCGAGAGGGACAAGAUAUUACCCCCACAGUCUCUCAGUGUUGUUUGGCGGGAUACAAAAGGUGACCCGGUAAAUGGUGCUGGCAUGGCUGUCAAACUGAAAUACACCGAAGAUGUGGACGUCAUCAUUGGUCCACCAUUUUCACACGUUAACAUUCCUGUUGGCUACCUGACAGCAUUCUGGAACUUGCCCCACAUCACGUGGGUAGCAACGGACCCGACACUCGCCGACAAAUCUGUGUUUAAUACUCUGAUCCGAACCAUGGGCCCUUUCAACAAGGUCGGCAUGUUUCUCGUGCAGUUUUUCCGUAUAUUCAAGUGGAAGCGAGCUGGCAUGUACAGUGGCACUUCAGGGUUUUGCUCUUUUGCUGGUGGUGGUGUACGCAAGCAAUUCGAGGAGAACAACCUGACCGUCACAGAAGAUAUAAUGUUCAUUGAAGAAACACUCACCGAUUCUAUUAUGGAUUUUCACCUAAAGAAACUAAGUCGGGAUUCUAGAAUAAUCAUGUUGUGCACAGCUCGAGCCCAACUUCGCAAGAUAAUGCUCCGAGCAUAUAGCAUGGGGAUGUGCAAAGGAAAUUUUGUCUUUUUGGCGCUGUACUCCUUCCCCAAAGCGUUUUACACUGACCCCACCGAUAAAAAAGAGGAGAGUAUGCCACUUUGGUAUGGCAAUGAUACCGACGACGAGACUGCCAAACAAGCGUUCCAAGUUGUCUUCGAUGUAACGCUGGCGUCGAUAAACACGAAGCAACUAGAAGGUUUUCUUGAGCUGGUCCCCCAGAAGCUAACAGAAGCUCCUUGGAACAGUACCGAAGCAGUAGAUUUGGGACUGAGUGGUUCAAGACACAGCCCUUACCUUUUUGACGCCGUUUACCUGUACGCCAUUUUACUCAACAAGUCGAUGGCCUUGAAUAUAUCGCAUCGAGAUGGGAAACAACUGUUGUAUUUGGCGAAGAAGACGGAAUUUUCAGGAAUGUCGGGGAAAGUGGAAUUCGAUGAUAAUGGUGAUCGAGACCCAUUUUAUUGGGUCUGGGAUUACACCAGUCCCACCGGUAUACCACGGAUCAUUGCAGUUGGCUCAGCAUCUCCACUUUAUGGACAGAAGGCAAUAAGUUUCCUCUGGAAACCAAAAUGGAAGACAGCCAAUGGGAAACCUCCCCCCGACAUUCCGGUUUGUGGCUUUGAUGACGAGCUUUGUCCCGUGGAUGAGUCAAUAAAAAAUACAAUUAUACUCGGAAGUUUAGGAGCUCUUCUUACAGUGAUUGCAGCAUCCACUAUAAUGCGAGAUCUAAGUCACGAAAAUAUUAACCUAUUUAUUGGAUCAUGCGUUGAUCCACCCAAUUUGUGUGUUUUGUUUGCUUAUUGUUCAAAGGGAAGUCUACAGGAUAUUCUGGAGAAUGAUGACAUUAAACUAGACUGGACAUUUAAACAAUCUCUACUUUCUGACCUGGUCAAUGGUAUGGCCUAUAUCCAUUCUUCCAGUCUUGUAUCUCACGGUAGGAUGAAAAGCAGUAAUUGUGUGGUCGAUAGCCGCUGGGUGUUGAAGAUUACAGAUUACGGACCGAGUGCACUGUUGCACGUACAAUUCAACAGCAGAGAUUCGGAGGAGCAAGGGAAAUUCAAAGCAUUGUUGUGGACUGCUCCAGAGAUACUCCGCAUGCACGAACCUCCGUCCCGUGGUACACAAGAAGGAGACGUCUAUAGCUUUGGCAUAAUCUUACAUGAGAUCGCAUUCCGCCACGGACCAUUUCCUGUCGAGAGGAUGAUUCCAAAAGAUAUUGUUGGUCGAGUACGCAAUGGUGAAUCAGUACCAUUUCGGCCACUACGGUUCCGUGAUACUGAUGUUGAACCUUCAAUAACGAAUCUAAUGGAGAUGUGUUGGGCUGAGAACCCCAAUCAAAGGCCUGAUUUCAAUGGCAUUAAGACAUACCUGAGGAACCACAACAAGGACACAGUCGGAAAUAUUAUGGAUAUUAUUUUAAAGAGGAUGGAAAGAUACGCCAUCAACUUAGAAGAUUUGGUGGAACAAAGAACACAAGCUUUACUAGAGGAAAAGAAAAAGACAGAUCGCCUAUUAUACCAACUGUUGCCAAGGUCAGUGGCCGAAAGGCUGAAAGUCGGCGAAACUGUCUAUCCUGAAGUAUUCGAAUCAGUGACCAUAUUUUUCUCUGACAUCGUUGGUUUCACUACUUUGUCUGCUCUCAGUACACCCAUGCAAGUCGUGGACCUAUUAAACGAACUCUAUACUCUCUUUGAUGACGUCAUUGCCCAACAUGAUGUUUAUAAGGUAGAAACUAUUGGCGAUGCAUACAUGGUAGCAAGUGGCCUUCCUCACCGCAAUGGAGAUUUACACGCAGGCCAGAUUGCAGACAUGUCAUUAAAUAUUGUCAGUUCCAUCUUAACAUUCCGAAUCCACCACAUGCCAGACAGGCAGCUGCAAGUACGCAUAGGAAUACACACAGGACCUGUGUGUGCAGGUGUAGUUGGUUUAACAAUGCCGAGGUAUUGUGUAUUCGGAGACACAGUCAACACAGCAUCUCGAAUGGAAUCAAGUGGCAAAGGACUGAGAAUUCACAUCAGUGAAUCAACAAGGGAUGCUUUGAUGAAGAUUGGUGGCUAUGUCGUUUCAUUGAGAGGCGAAACACCGAUCAAAGGAAAGGGUACCAUGACAACGUACUGGAUGAAUGGAAAAGUUGGAUUCAGCAAAAGGUUACCGGAUCCAGAGAAAAUUGACGAAAUCGAAGAGAUCCUGCCAAUGAACAACAAAGUAUAACCUUUUGAGGCAGACGUCAUCAUCUGUUAUGUAACCCUUUCCCAGAUGUCAUCUGUUAUGCCAUAUUUUACCAGACAUCAUCAUCUGCUAUGUCUUCAAAUAUUUAUGCAGCCGUUGUAUUUCUAGAUAUUUCCGUGAUCGUUUUUUGUCUUAGAACAUUGUUUUUCAGGAUGUGCCAUUAGUAAUUUGUAAAGAUUUUGUAUUAUCUCAUUAAAUAUAUUUAUAAACUCA